CCCGCGCUGAGCGAGGGGGCGGGCUGCCCGGGCCAUGGCGCAUAAAGCCUCUGGCCACCUGCAGGGCUACUGCUGCUCUGGCCACGGACUGGGACUCACCUUGCUGAAGCGUGAGCCUCGGCUUCAGUCAUCUCUGUGGCCUCCGUCGUCUCUGUCGCUGUCCCCUUCAGGUCCUGAGCUCCGUGAGCCCGGGCCGCGCACGCGGACAUGGGCGGCAGCGCCAGGGCGCGCUGGGUGGCGGUGGGGCUCGGCGUCCUGGGGGUGCUGUGCGCUGCGCUUGGCGUUGUUAUGAUCCUCUUGAUGCCCUCGCUCAUGAAGCAGGAGGUGUUGAAGAAUGUCCGCAUAGACCCCAGCAGCCUGUCCUUUGCCAUGUGGAAGGAGAUUCCCGUCCCCUUCUAUUUGUCCGUCUACUUCUUCGAGGUGGUCAACCCCGACGAGAUCCUAAAGGGCGAGAAGCCGGUAGUGCGGGAGCGUGGACCCUACGUCUACAGGGAAUACAGACAUAAGGCCAACAUUACCUUCAACGACAAUGACACCGUGUCCUUCGUGGAGCACCGCAGCCUUCAUUUCCAGCCCGACAGGUCCCGGGGCUCGGAGAGUGACUACAUCGUACUGCCUAACAUCCUGGUCCUGGGGGGCUCGGUAAUGAUGGAGGACAAGUCCGCAGGCCUGAAGCUGAUGAUGACCCUGGGGCUGGCCACCAUGGGCCAGCGUGCCUUUAUGAACCGCACGGUUGGCGAGGUCCUGUGGGGUUACGACGAUCCCCUCUUGAAUUUUAUCAACAAGUACUUCCCAGAUAUGUUCCCCGUCAAGGGCAAGUUUGGCCUGUUUGUUGGGAUGAAUAACUCGGACUCUGGUGUCUUCACUGUGUUCACGGGCGUCCAGAACUUCAGCAGGAUUCACCUGGUGGACAAAUGGAACGGACUCAGCAAGAUCAACUAUUGGCAUUCGGAGCAGUGCAACAUGAUCAACGGGACUUCCGGGCAGAUGUGGGCACCGUUCAUGACAACCCAGUCGUCGCUGGAAUUCUUCAGCCCGGAGGCCUGCAGGUCCAUGAAGCUCACCUACCACAAUUCAGGGGUGUUUGAAGGCAUCCCCAUCUAUCGCUUCACGGCCCCCAAGACUUUGUUUGCCAAUGGGUCCGUCUACCCACCCAAUGAAGGCUUCUGUCCGUGCCUCGAGUCUGGCAUUCAGAACGUCAGCACCUGCAGGAUGGGCGCGCCCCUGUUCCUGUCACACCCUCACUUCUACAAUGCGGACCCUGUGCUCUCUGAAGCCGUGCUCGGUCUGAACCCUGACCCAAAAGAGCAUUCCUUGUUCCUGGACAUUCAUCCGGUCACUGGAAUCCCCAUGAACUGUUCUGUGAAACUGCAGCUGAGCCUCUUCAUCAAGUCUGUCAAGGGCAUUGGGCAAACAGGGAAGAUUGAGCCCGUGGUCCUGCCCCUGCUGUGGUUUGAGCAGAGCGGGGCCAUGGGCGGCAAGCCCCUGAACACGUUCUACACGCAGCUCGUGCUGAUGCCCCAGGUGCUUCACUACGCGCAGUACGUGCUGCUGGGACUGGGCGGCCUCCUGCUGCUGGUGCCCAUCAUCUACCAGUUGCGCAGCCAGGGUCCCAAAGACACAACGAGCCCCCCCAACCUGGUAGCUUGGUCAGACCAGCCACCUGGUCCCUACACCCCGCUUCUUGAGGACUCUCUCAGCGGACAGUCUGUCAGUGCCACAGCCUGAGCCCCUAGAUGUCACACCUGUCCACACAACAUACAUGUGCACAGACGUGUGCAGAAACACUCAGGGACCAGGGACAGAGUCCCUGCUCAGGCCGCCUGGUGGCCACAGACACUCUCGUCUAAGUGGCUGUGAACCAGGCUGUAGAUGCCACUGGCCCCUCCUGUGGGGGGCUGGCCCUGCCAGGCCCUCCACUUCAUGCUGCCCUGUCUUCCUCCCUCAGGCUGAAAGCCUCAGUCCCCACAGAAGACAGAUCUGUCACUCCUAGGGGCUGGGCAUACUUUCGCCUCCUGUGCCAAGGCCAGGCAAGCAGUUCCAGGUCCUGACGGGUCUCCACACACACUCUGGAGCUGUAUCUGGCCCUUUCCCUCCAGUCUCUGCCAUGUCACCUAAACACUGAAUUGGCCACUGUAAGUGGCCAAGGUGGCAGGCCCCUCAGGGUCCUAAGUUUUCAGGUGUGGUGUCAAAGGUAGAGAGAUGUGGACCGUCUACCCUGGCACUUUGUCCCCUGGUAUCUGGCCUGGUUGCCUGGUGUACCUCCCUGGACGGUGGGGGACAGGAGGCUCAUUGCCCGCAACUGCCCCUUUUUCUACUGGAAGAGAAAUUUUAUCAUCUUUUGGAACUCAUGACUGAAGCAAUAAACCUUUUCACGAAUUCAA